UGCGGAGAGGGGUGUCUUCCACGUGAUGUGCGGAGGGAGGGGGGGACUGCUAGCGGAGAAGGCUCCCGGCUCGUAGCACACAGGUAUACCCUAUGAUUGAUGGGGAAAUAAAGGUGGUUUUACAGAGUAACUAUAAAAGAAAUCCCGAAUAUCCACAGAGUGCUGAAGUUUAAUGGCUUUCAGGUAGAAGCCCAACGAGAGACAAUCAAAAUGAACUCGAUUCCGUCGAUGGACAGGCAUAUACAGCAGACCAAUGACCGUCUGCUGUGUAUCAAACAGCACUUACAAAACCCGGCGAAUUUCCAGACGGCGGCGACGGAGCUGUUGGACUGGUGUGGCGACCCGCGGGCCUUCCAGCGGCCCUUCGAGCAGAGCCUCAUGGGCUGCCUGACGGUGGUGAGCCGCGUUGCCGCGCAGCAGGGCUUCGACCUGGACCUGGGGUACCGGCUCCUGGCUGUGUGCGCCGCCAACAGGGACAAGUUCACCCCCAAAUCAGCAGCGCUGCUGUCGUCCUGGUGCGAGGAGCUGGGCCGUCUCCUCCUCCUCCGCCACCAGAAGAACCGGCAGAGCGAAGCCCCGGGGAAACUGCCCAUGCAGCCGCCGAUGAGCUCUAUGAAGCCCUCCCUCUCCCACAGUGAUGGGCCCUUUCCAUACGAUUCCGUUCCCUGGCAACAGAACACCAAUCAGCCACCUGGCUCUUUAUCAGUGGUGACCACAGUGUGGGGAGUGACCAACACAUCACAAAGUCAGGUAUUGGGCAACCCCAUGGCCAACGCCAACAACCCCAUGAAUCCUGGGGGUAACCCCAUGGCGUCCGGCAUGUCCGGGAGCAACCCCGGGAUCAACUCCCCUCAGUUCCCCGGCCAGCAGCAACAGUUCCCUGCCAAAGGAGGCUCCAACCAGCCCUACAUACAGCAGGGAAUGUACGGGCGGCCCAGCUACCCCGGGGGAGGAGGGUUUGGUGGGAGUUACCCGGGAGGUCCGAACCCGCCUGGGGGCAUGGGCAUCCCCCCUCACUCCCGGACCCCCGCGGACUUCACCCAGCCCGCCGCCGCUGCGGCAGCCGCCGCCGUCGCCGCCGCCGCCGCCACGGCGACCGCCACGGCCACGGCCACCGUCGCCGCCCUGCAGGAGACCCAGAACAAAGACAUGAACCAAUACGGACCGAUGGGACCAAGCCAGGCCUACAGCAGCCAGUUCAUGAACCAGCCGGGGCCCAGAGGGCCGCCCUCCAUCCCCGGGAACAUGAACCCCGGGAACAUGGGGUCCGGCAUGAGCGCUUCCAACAUGAGCGGGCCCCCCAUGGGCAUGAGCCAGCCCCGGGCCCCGGGGAUGAGUCCCUUCGGGAACCACGGCCAGAGGAUGCCCCAGCAGGGCUACCCCGGCCCCCGGCCCCAGUCCAUGCCCAUGCAGGGCCUGAAGAGGUCUUAUCCUGGGGAGCCUAAUUACGGAGGCCAGCAGUACGGACCAAACAGCCAGUUCCCCAACCAGCAAGGGCAGUACCCCACCCCGAACCCUCCAAGGCCACUGCCGUCCCCCAACUACGCUGGGCAGAGGGUACCGGGGCAGCAGGGCUCGGGCCAGUACCCCCCGCCGAGCGUGGCCAUGGGCCAGUAUUACAAGCAAGAUCCAUUCAACGGACAGAGCAACAACUUCUCCGGGAGCGGCUAUUCGUACAACCAAGGCAACAUUAAUGGGCCUCCGCGGCCUGUUGGCAACUACCCCCACUCGCCCGUCCCAGGAAACCCCACGCCCCCCAUGACACCGGGGAGCAAUAUUCCUCCGUACCUGUCCCCCAACCAGGACGUCAAGCCCCCGUUCCCUCCAGAAAUCAAACCAAAUAUCAGCUCUCUCCCACCACCACCAAAUGCGAAGGGGAAAGUUCACGCUUUCUCUCCCUCUUCGAUCCCAGCCAACCCCAACGAGGAGCUGAGGCUCACGUUCCCGGUCAGGGACGGCGUGGUGCUGGAGCCCUUCCGGCUGGAGCACAACCUCGCCGUCAGCAACCACGUCUUCCACCUCCGCCCCGCUGUGCACCAGACUCUCAUGUGGAGGUCGGACCUGGAGCUGCAGUUUAAGUGCUACCACCACGAGGACCGGCAGAUGAACACCAACUGGCCAGCCUCGGUGCAGGUCAGCGUCAACGCCACGCCGCUCACCAUCGAGAGAGGGGACAACAAGACCUCCCACAAGCCCCUGCACCUGAAGCACGUGUGUCAGCCGGGGAGGAACACCAUCCAGAUCACCGUCACGGCCUGCUGCUGCUCGCACCUGUUUGUCCUCCAGCUGGUGCACAGGCCCUCGGUGCGGUCCGUGCUGCAGGGUCUGCUGAAGAAGAGGCUUCUCCCGGCCGAGCACUGCAUCACCAAAGUCAAGAGGAACUUCAGCAGCGUGGCGGCCUCCUCCGGCAACGCCACGCUAAACGGUGAAGAUGGGGUGGAGCAGACGGCCAUCAAGGUCUCUCUAAAAUGUCCGAUCACUUUCAGGCGCAUUCAGCUCCCCGCACGAGGCCACGACUGUAAACACGUACAGUGUUUCGAUUUGGAAUCCUAUUUGCAACUGAACUGUGAACGAGGCACGUGGCGAUGUCCUGUAUGCAAUAAAACCGCAUUAUUAGAGGGAUUGGAAGUUGACCAGUACAUGUGGGGCAUCCUGAAUGCCAUCCAGAACUCGGAGUUUGAGGAGGUGACCAUCGACCCCACGUGUAGUUGGCGGCCGGUUGCGAUAAAGUCAGACAUUCACAUUAAGGAGGACCCGGAUGGACCGAUGGCCAAGAGGUUUAAAACCAUGAGUCCGAGCCAGAUGAUCAUGCCCAAUGUCAUGGAGAUGAUCGCACAGCUCGGACCGGGACCUUCCCCCUACCCAUCCAUGCCUCCCCCACCUGGGGGCAACAACAAUGAAUACGGAAACCAAGGCAACAGUUACCAGGGACACGGAAACUUUGACUUCCCGCACAGUAACCCUGGUGGUACUUCCAUGAACGACUUCAUGCACGGACCCCAGCUGUCCCACCCGCCGGAUAUGCCCAACAGUCUCAUGGCCCCGGACAAGCCCCUCAGUCACAGCAUGCCUGACUCAAUGCCUCAUCCUGUCAGCUCCGAUCAGUCCCACGGCUCCAUGGCGCAGAGCUUGCACGGGCCUCCUCACCCCGGCAGCCAAUCGGGGCAGCCGUUACAUCACAGCGGUCCUCCUCAGCCCUCGCGCCAGCCCCCGCCCCCGCAGCCCGGCUCCAACAGCCAUCCGCACAGCGACCUGAACUUUAACCCCUCCUCCGCCUUAGAGGGCCAGGCCGGGGGGCCGGUCGCCCCUGACAUGCCGGAGCCCUCCUUGGAUCUUCUUCCAGAACUUGCGAACCCCGACGAGCUGUUAUCCUACCUGGACCCCCCGGACCUCCCGAGCAAUAGCAACGAUGAUCUCCUCUCCCUUUUCGAAAACAACUGAGGCCCGCUCUUCUGGAGAACUCAUUGAGCCAGGAGCGGAGCCUCGGCCCGGACAGCCCUCAGUACUUGACAAACACAAAGAUGCACUCCCCUUGCUCUCCUUCCUCUUCUAAAUAUUUCAUUCUCCAGAGCAAAUUGACUGAGCAUUAUUGCAAACACACAGCUGUGGCAGUCCCGCUGGCUGCCAUAAAGUAAUAUCUCUGAACAUUAAGAAACUGUGCAGCUAUAUUCAGUUCAUUUUUAUGUCACGCAGUGUUCUGUGUGAACACUAGGAAAGUGUUGUAGCAUUUUUUAUUCUUAUUUUAUUUCUCAUUUUAAGAAGAAAAUGUAAAAAAAAAAAAAAAAACACAAAAAAAAAAGAUAAAAAAAGUGCCCAUCCUGGCCAGUGUCUGUAACCCCUUUGAACAUUAUUGUUCCAAUCUAUGAAAUACGGCUUCCCAAAUAACAGGUUUUUGUCCAACUGAACAAUAGCACUGCUUUUCCGCCGAGCACCAUUCAAAAGCACAAGACGUACGACAAACUGCAGCGCACGACGUAGAGGACCGCUCAAAGGGAAGAACUCUCGCGACACAGGCAGCAGGACCAUCGGCCCUUUUCUAUCGUUUGUUAAACUCAUUUUUCAUCUUCCCACUGUAAAGUAAAAAAAAAAAUACAACAAAUGUCUUUCAAUGUUCAAAGGCUUUCACUACGUUUUGAAAGCGCUUUUUCAUCUCGAUGCAGAUAAGGGAAAAAAAAAACUAUUAUGUUUCUGGCCAUUUUUGUGCGUUUUGUUUUUCGUUUGUUUGCUAUUUUUUGUAAUAUGGAAACCCCCGUGUUCAGUACACUAAAUGAAAAGGAAAAAAACACAGGAGGAUUCUGGGUCGGUGUUGUGAUCAUCUUGAAGAUUGCCCCUCCCCUGUGUUCUGUACUUAGCUGUAAUGGGCAUUUCUAUCCACACAGUGAAAUGCAGCUUUUUUUGUACAAGACUGUUACAUAGUAAUCCAGUCCCUAUCUUACCUGACAGGAGAGUUUUAUCUGAUAAAAAGGCAAGGAAAUACAAGAGAAAGAGAGGGAACUUGUAGUUGGGAUAUUAUUACCGCCCUCGUAGACCUCUGUACCAGACUCACUGUAUUGCACCCUUAGCUUGUGCUUCUCCUCUGUACUUUUGUCUCCUGCAUGGGCCUAGCGUCGCUUGCGUACUCAUUUUGUGACGUUUGUCUCUCUCCUUGAUGGAUUAUGUACAGUAAGUGGUAUAAAAAGUGCAUGUGUGCCAAUUUUACCCUUGUUUAGUGAUAUUCGGAGCUAAGAUGGCGUGCUUUUUAUCAAUGACUUUAACCGCAACUUUUUUUUUUUCCUCUGUCUUCUAUUUCGUUCUCGUUCAUUUAAUUUUAACACUAACUAUUCUCCGAAGGGAUUAUUUUCUGAUAUUUACAGUAUAUUGUUCAUUUUUUGUAAUGAUUAUUGUUAUUAUUUAAUCUCUUUUUUUGUCGUUGUUGUUUUGCAGUGCUGCAAAUGCAUCACAGUUAAAUAAUCAUUGGGAAAUUGCUUUAUAUCACCAAAGUUUGGGAGGGGAACAGGGAAGUGGGGCUACUGUUUCAUUGCAAAGACCUAGAGAAAAAAACCGAGAGAAACACAAUUCGUCACUGAAGCAAAAAUAUAUGGUAGCCCCCAGUGUUUCUAUGUAGAUAUUUUUAAACAAAUGUCUGAUAUCUGGAAGCUGAACUGUAUGAGAUUUUUUCCAUCUUUUGUUUUCCAAUUUCAUUUUAACAGAAAAGCGCUGUUCAGUAUGCAAAUGUAUUAUUUUAAAAAGCUAUUGUAAAUACUUUUGUGAAUAUUUUAGUAUGGUCUUAGAUGAUAUUAAUCCUGUUCAUGAUUGGUUGUCCAUGGUUGUUAUCUACUGCUUGUCUAAUACCCCUCCCCAGCAGCACUAUAGCCCCACUCUAACAAACGAUCUUUCUUCUGUAUAGCAGAAUCAAUCAAUCGGCCUUUCAUAAGCUAUGUGUUGCAGGUCUCCUUGCUUUUAGUGUUAUAUUUGUGUGUCAUUUCAUAAUCCCCAGUACAGCAGUAGAAUCUAUCAGAAUCUGCAAGCAGGUGUUUCUCCGUCAUAAUUAGUUAAGUACUACGUACUACCCCCUGAAAUCAAUUUCAGUGUCCCUGAACAAAACGCGUGGGCCACCACUUCUGCAUCACUUCAGAUGUCGAUCGAGCAAUAUUCCACUUUCAUGAGAAUUUCAUGGUUUUCGAAGACUGUACAGAAAAAUGUAUUUGUUCAAUCUGUUUGAUGGCUCAUUCUUUCAUUUUUAUUGAAGAGAAAACACAGUGGCAUGGCUGGGAGAGCAGUGGUGUAGUUUGACUGCAUUAACUUAAUGAAAGGGCCAUUGGGAUAAUCUCAACUCUUUAAGGUCACAUUGUACAAGUGGUAUUUUAAAAAUGUAUCACAGCCUUAUGUUAAAUAAAUCUAUAUGAUAUACUUUUUAUUUUUGUUAUAGAAAAUACAACAUUUGUAAAAGCUGAAGACCCUUCAAAUUUUGUAUCACAUUUUAAAUAUUGCUUUCUGGUUUUGUAAAUUAUUUUUCUGUUUUCUUUUAUAAUGAAAUUUUAAGGUUACCAAGCUCAUUAAUUUGGUUUAUCUUAAUGUAGCCGUGUAUUGCAAAAGGAACAUUACACAUAUAAAUUGUAUGACUUUUUGGAAGAUGUUGUUCCAAUUUAAGAAAGUAAUAUGAUUAAAAUAGCUCAUUGGUGCUGGUACAGUAACCGAAAAUUGUAUAUCCAAAUCAGUCAAAUGAGCAGUACUUCUUUUAAAGAUGCACUGCCACAUUUGUCUUCUUCCCCCCAUUCUGUAUAUAAAUAGUCAUAUUUGAACGUAUUAUUUUUACAUUUCGCUUACAUUUAUGUACGAGCCAUUUCCACGUAUUAGGCACCUCUGCAUACUGUAGUUGCACAAUCAUCAAAAAAGGAAACUUCUGUCUGGGGAAAAAGGAAAAGUAAGAAAAAAAAAAAAAAAGAAAAAAAAAAGCUGGAGGUUUGGAGUCUCCCCGCUCUGGGCUAGACUUGAGCUGUAGAACAAGACUAGCCCCUGGUGGGGAGGCUCACGGGAGGAAUGUAUAUAUGUAAAUGACUAUAGAAACAUGUUAACAGAAGUGUAUUCAUUUUCCUCAGGAAUGCGCAUCGUUUCCUCAGAGUUUAAAAAAAAGCUUGCAACCCCCUAUCAGAAGUGAUUCAAUGUGGGAAAUGAAUCUUGCUUGUUGUCUGUGGAAUCUCUCAGCAUUUGUUCCCUUAUGUAAUAUACUUUGACCUCUCUAUCGAUGGAAUUGGAGAAAAAAAAGAAAAAAAACGACAACUUUGUUUUGCCUACAUGUAAUAUUUAGCAUACGUGUAUUAGUCGAUCACCUGCGUAUUUUUAAGGUGCUACAGGACAUAAACGUUUAAUGAAGAGAAUACCGCGGAAAGGUUGAGAGGGAGUGGGGGCAGGAGAGGGAGGGGGGGCUCAAAAAGAUUGUAACCAAAUCCAUAGUUUGUACAAUUUUUGAUAUCAUGAUCAGACAAAAAGAAAAUAAAUUUAAAGGUACAAUCUAAGGUGAUUCAUGCAAAAGUGGCCAUUGUCUUUAUGUUUGUACAUUGUAUGUACAAUCAUUUCAUAUUCUAAACUGGUCAGAAAAAAUAAACUAAUUGUGAUUUUUAGUCUUGCAGAACUGUAUGUAGUUAGAUGAUGUGACAACCUAAUAUUUAUCUAAUAAAUAUGUAUUCAGAUGAUACCUGUA